UUGGUUACAGUGGAGAUUUGAAGAAACACAUGAGAACUCACACAGGAGAGAAACCAUUUAGCUGUUCUGAGUGUGGGAAAAGAUUUGGUUACAGUGGAGAUUUGAAGAAACACAUGAGAACUCACACAGGAGAGAAACCAUUUAGCUGUUCUGAGUGUGGGAAAAGAUUUGGUCACAGUGCAGUUUUGAAGAAACACAUGAGAACGCACACAGGAGAGAAACCAUUUAGCUGCUCUGAGUGUGGGAAAAGAUUUGGUCACAGUGGAGAUUUGAAGAAACACAUGAGAACUCACACAGGAGAGAAACCAUUUAGCUGUUCUGAGUGUGGGAAAAGAUUUGGUCACAGUGCAGUUUUGAAGAAACACAUGAGAACUCACACAGGAGAGAAACCAUUUAGCUGCUCUGAGUGUGGGAAAAGAUUUGGUCAAAAUGGAAAUCUGAAGAAACAUAUGAGAUCUCAUACAGGAGAGAACCAAUUUAGCUGUUCCGAAUGUGGGAAAUCAUUAACACAGAAAGAAUAUUUACAUACACACAUGAAAAUUCAUGAGGGAGAAAAGUGAUUCCACUGUUCAGUCUGAAAAUCUAUUUGGAAUAUUAUUUUAAAAAAGACUCAUGACUGACAAACCCAAACAUUUAUGUAUGUAUGUAUGUUUUUAAAUGUGCAAUAUGUAAUUUUUUGCCGCUAGGGGUCGCAAACCAAAACAAUAACAGAAGACGGAGUUGGAUGACGUCACGAAGUUGCGUGGGAUCAUGGGAGUUGUAGUUAUACAACAGAUACAGAUCUAACGUUUCUCACUCUGUAAUUAAAACUGACCGUGGCAGUUUUUUUGGCAGAGCGAGCUUCAGCAGCAGAGAAAUGCUCAUGGACGAGGUAUAUUACUGAAGUUAUAUUCACUUUAUGUUUCACUUUAUGCAAAUGGGGUCCGUUGGCCGGUGUAGCAGCCCGAGCCCAUCUGGUACCUACACCGGAUCAUCAAACUCAGAUCUAACUAUCAGUAGUAACGUUACUUCGGCUGACCCAACGUCCUCUUUUGCCCAGACAUGUCCACUUUUCACGUCCGGGGCAUCCGGGGGGGGGGUUUUAUAAACUGAUUACAAUGUCUGGUUUUCUGUGUGUUAAGUCAUAGCUCUCUUUUUUAGCGACUGUCUCGCUAACCUCAGUUAUUUACACUCUAUUCAGAAAUGCUACUUACUUUAGCUGAGGGGUUAGCAAUCUGUUAGUUAUUUGAGCACACUGCUAGUUACUUAGCUUUACAGUUAGCAAUGGCUUCUCUCUCUCUACUGCUCUCUCUUGCUCAGUGCGUCUUAUGUUUAGCUAUUCCUCUGCCUCUUUUAUAAAUGCAGUUCAUUUACCGGCAUCAGCUCAGCAUUAUAGAAACCUAUCGUUAGAUGUUGUGGUUAGCCAGCCUCCGCUCCACACCGCUCCGCAGCGGAGGCCGCUGGCCGGAGUGUUGGUGCCCCGGCGGGCAGCAGUGCUUGCAGUACACUGGUGGAAAUGAUUAAUAUUUCGAUAACAUCAGCCAAAUGUUUGCUUACCUGUCUAGUAGAACACACGCGAGGUCGGCGUCAAAUUGUAGUCCUAGAUUUUCACGAAGCUCUCUCCAUCUCGGAAAGGCCACACCAAUAUUUAUCCUUGAUUUAGCUCUCUUCUUAUCCCAAAUUCUUCUGGGAUCGCUUGGUUGACCCGUACGUUUCCGUUUUACCGGCUUGUUUACCGGGACAGCUUCGGUGUCAGAAGGUGCAGCAACCGUCAAUGCAUAAUCAUGAUCCAUGACGAGUUAGCUUAGCCUAGCAACAGUAACGUUCAUUCUCUGACGUCUCAUCCGGUCUGCUUCUUCUUCUUCUCCUUCAUUUAAUGGCUAUGGUAACUGGAGUUACGUCGCCAUUGACAUGCGACCUAAUGACACGGUCCGUAACUGUUAUUAAUAUUUCAUAUUUAUCUGGGUUUGAAAAAUUGUUGGAAACAUUUCUGAUAAUCAAAGUACACAACUAAACAAAAUAUAUAAUAUUGGUUUAGUCAUUUUUAUAAAUUUUUAUGUGGAAAAACUACAUAUUAUACCUUUAAAUGUAUGCAUUUAGUUCUCUACUUACUUACCAAGAUCAGUCUUGUACAGCCAGGGGGAGUAUUUACCCUCUGACAGCCAAGCUGGGUCAAAACCUGUUAUCCGGUGGUGACUGGACUUUUGCUCCUUGUCAGGGGCAGGGCAUGCAGCACUUUGGCUCUUUCCUGUACUUGGAUCCAGAGCAGGAGAGCUACUCUGACUGCUGCAGGGACAACUAGUGGAGCGCAGGGGUCGUCACAGCAGUCACAUUCCACUGUCUCAUCAUAUCGUCUGCCUCUUGAUGUAAACAGAUGUAAUCUGUCCUCUUGCUGCAGUUCGUGGGAGUGACAGCCAGGCACACAUGUUUUGAUGAAACACACGCGCGAUUUAAUAAAACGUGUGUGUACUACAUGAACUACUUUUUUUUCCUGUAUAUAUAAAAUCAGAUGAACUAAACUAAAAAUCAACUGGAACAGUUCAAUAAAAGUCAUUCUUUCGAAUAA